AUCAAAUCAGUAAAUUAGUGUUUGUUUGAUUUUAGAGGGAAAUGUUAAAAUAUUGUUAAAAUCGUUCAAAUUUUUUUCCAAAUCCUGAAGAAUCGUUAAGGGAACUUUUUAUACAGUUGUGUUUACUUAUAUUAGGACCAAAAUGGCUUUUGAAGCGAGAAGCAUAAUAAAUGGAGGUAAACUAAAAGAUUUUAUUGGUAGGAAUGUUAGUAUACUCACAAAGGUAGAAAAUAAUAGCGGCUUAAUGUUAAAAGUCAAAUCGACUGACGGGCACAGUCUGCGAAUUAAUUUAAAUGAAUCAAUUAGUGCAAGGCAAGAAGAUUGGGUUGAAAUUAUGGGAGUACCUGUAGGGCACGAUGCUAUAAAGGCAAAGGAGGUUAUCCAAUUCUAUAAAAGUGAAGAAGAUUUCGAUUUAGAGGCAUACAACAUGUUAGUGCAAUUUAUGUAUCUUCGUGACGAUUUUUAUCAUCAAUGAAAAAUUGUACAUAUAUCUAUUAUAUUUUAUGAGAAUAAAAAAUGUUAAUAUAAUUAAAUAAGGUUUUUAAAAAAUUGUGCU